AUGGCUUCCGCUCGUCUAGAGUACAUUGCCGCAGGAGGCAACAGACAUCCAUGCGCUGCAGACUGGACCGAGGAACUACUUGCAUAUGGAAGUGGUCACAAUAUCGCCAUCUUCAGGCCAGAGAAUAACAAUCACAAAGGCGUUGAGACACUACUUACGGGUCACACAGACAUUGUGAAUGCACUCAAGUUGUUUAGAGACCCGCCAUCAGCAAAGCGAGUUCUCAUCAGUGGAUCAGCCGACAAGACAAUCUGCAUCUGGAUUGAAAAGACCGAUGGCAAAUUCGAAUUGGCCAAGAGUCUGACAGAACAUACUGCUUCUAUCAAUGUCGUUGGCGUUUUGCCCGAAUCUGGAGUUUUCGCUACUGGCGCUGCCGAUGCAACACUGAAGAUCUGGAAGUUGCGUGUUUCGGAGUCAUUGAAUGUCGAAGUCGACCUGAUCCAAAGCAUGACUCUUGCUCCUCGCUACUUCCCUCUGGCGAUUGCACUGGCGAAACUUCAGAGCGGUCAAGUUGUCAUCGCCGUCGGUGGUACUAUGGCGAACAUUCAGAUCUACAUGCAAAACAGGGACACGUUCUCGCUGGCAGCCAAGCUUACUGGACAUGAAGCCUGGGUGCGAGCAUUGGACUUUACUCGCGAGAGCUCCAAACCCGAUAGCGACCUCUUGCUCGCUUCCGCCAGUCAAGACAAGUACACCCGUCUUUGGCGCUUCCAUGCUGGUGAAGAGCUACCAGAAGUCGCUGCUGCUGCAAGUGACCCAGCCAUGACCGUCUUCGGUCGCUCGUUGUCUAACAAAGCCCAUUGGAUUGGAGAGGGUGAUUCAAAACACUCAAUCACUUUCGAAGCACUGUUGAUCGGACACGAGGAUUGGAUCUAUACGGCCCGUUGGUUUACGAAGACUGCACAAGACGCAGCACCUCAACUUCUCACAGCAUCAGCGGACAACUCGCUAGCUAUGUGGGAGCGCGAUGCUGAUGGCUUCUGGACGUGCGCAACCAGACUGGGUGAGAUCAGUGCUCAAAAAGGUUCUACUACUGCAACAGGAAGCACAGGUGGUUUCUGGAUCGGCCUGUGGUCUCCAUCAGGCAACAAAGUCGUGAGUCUGGGCAGAACGGGAAGUUGGCGAGCCUGGUCUUACAACGCCAGUGAGGAUCGCUGGUUGCGUGAGCUCGGUAUAUCUGGCCAUGUGCGCGCGGUCAAGGACAUUGCAUGGUCGAACGACGGCACCCAACUCAUGUCCACCAGCUCCGACCAAACCACCCGCCUGUUCGGUCAGUGGAAGCGCGACGACACAACCACAUGGCACGAAAUGUCACGGCCACAGAUCCACGGUUACGACCUGAACUGUCUGGCCGCAAUCGGCGCAACCCAAUUCAUCUCAGGCGCAGACGAAAAACUCCUGCGUGUCUUCAACAAACCCAAAGCCGUCACCUCCCUCCUCGCAAAGCUCAGCGGCACCACUGAGGAUGUAAGCGACGCAGACCUCCCCGACGCAGCAAACAUACCCGUGCUAGGCCUCAGCAACAAAGCCAUCAACGCUUUGACUCCAGAAGAAGAAGCCACUGCCGAACCAAGCGAAGAAACCCAAAUCACAAAAUCGACUUUGGAUCUCUCGCACCCGCCGUUUGAAGACCAUCUCGCGCGUCACACUCUAUUCCCCGAACUUGAAAAGCUUUACGGUCACGGAUACGAGAUUUCUUGCGUUGCGGCUAGCCAUGAUGGAACCCGCGUUGCUACUGCUUGCAGAGCUAGUUCCAUCGAUCAUGCGGUGAUUCGACUCUACGAAACGAAAGAGUGGAGAGAAGUCAAGCCCGCCCUGACCGCCCACUCUCUAACCGUAACUUCCCUGGCCUUUUCGGCAGACGACAAGUUCCUGCUCAGUGUAGGCAGAGAUCGCCAAUGGGCAUUAUUCUCUCGCUCUGCAGCACCAGCUUCCUCAACCUAUGACCUCGCAGCUUCAAACCCCAAAGGCCACUCCAGAAUGAUAUUAUCUUGUUCGUGGGCUGGCUCUUCUGCAUCAAACGUCUUCGCUACAGGAGGCAGAGACAAGAACGUCAAGAUCUGGGGUGUCAAUUCCUCUGCUGAGGCAACAACUGCGGAUCUCCACCUCACCAUUCCUACCUCUGCACCCGCCACCAGUGUAGCCUUCUACACCGGAGCUCUGUCGCCCGCUUCUACCGUUAUCCUAGCCGCCGGCGCUGAAAAUGGCGAAAUCAGUGUUUGGAGCAUUAGCACUGACGACUGGACCGUCAAGAAUGAACUCAAAAUUGAGAAGAGCAUGCAACCUAGUGGUGCGAUCAAUGCUUUGAGAUGGAGACCUGAUGGCAAGGAGCAGGCAGAGCAAAAGAUGCAGUUGGCGGUCGCGAGUGAGGAUUUCAGCGUUAAGUUGUUUGUCAUUCAGGGAUUGCAAUAG